AUGGUUUCUGCUUCAGUCCUCAACAAGGAUGUUCCCUAUGAGUUUCAAGACGUUUCACUCUUGGACAACCGAUCAUUUGUAGGUGGAAGCUGGGAAAUCGGACCCGACGGCAAGACCUUUUCAGUAGAAGACCCUUCAGAUCAAAGAAUAUUGGCCUUUGUAUCCGACUCCAGUGUCGGCGAGUAUCGCAACGCUAUCGACAUAGCUCACGAAGCAUUUGAUUCAUACAAAUUCCUCGCACCACGGGCACGGAGCGAACUGCUAAGAAAUUGGGCUCAGCGAGUCUUGCAGUGUAAGUAUGAUUUGGCCGCCCUUUGCACCCUCGAGCUUGGUAAACCACUCAAAGAGUCUCUCGACGCUGUCAAAUACGCUGCAACGUGCCUCAACUGGUUUGCAAAUCUUGCCGAGGAAGGUUGUGGCGGUGAGACAGUACCAAACUCAACUAGUGGCGGGAGAACCAGAAUCUUGACCAUACGACAGCCGGUCGGAGUUGUAUGUGCUAUCACACCGUGGAACUCCCCUUAUUCAGGCGUACUCAAGAAAAUUGCACCGGCUCUCGCGGUUGGAUGCACGGUAGUCCACAAGCCAGCCCCAGAGACUCCGCUAUGUGCGAUUGCCCUGGCUAAAACAUGCGAGAGAGCUGGUUAUCCACCAGGUGUCUAUAAUAUGUUGACCAGCUCACAUGCAAAUGCCGCAGCAGUCGGGGACCUCUUCUGUUCACACCCUCUGGUACGCCAUGUCACGUUUACGGGUUCAACUGGCGUCGGUAGAUAUCUCGCCGAAAGAUGUGGAGCAAAUCUGAAGAAGAUGACCAUGGAGCUCGGCGGAAACGCGCCUUUUCUGGUGUUUGAGGAUGCUCAUAUAGAGUCGGCUGUCAACUCAUUGAUGGCCUGUAAAUUCAAAUCUGCUGGCCAGGUUUGCAUUUAUGCAAAUCGCGUACUGCUCCACGAGAAGAUCGAGAAGCAAUUCGUCGAUGUCCUUCUUGGAAAAAUUGCCGCAGAGGUCCACCUCGGAUCUCCAUGGGAGGAAAGUACAACUCUAGGACCGCUCUACUGUAAUAAAGGGGCAGAGAAAAUCCAAAAGCUCUUGAAAGAUGCGCUUGAAAAGGGUGCACGGUUAAAAACGCAGAGCAGUUACCAAGAAGGCUCUGCAUUCUAUCCUCCCACGGUCUUGGUUGGGGCUCAAGAAAAUAUGCACAUUACUCAGGAGGAAAUCUUUGGUCCAGUAGUGGCCAUUUCAACGUUCAGGACAGAAGUCCAAGCACUUAAUUUGGCAAACCGUGUCGGCAGCGGGCUGGCAGGUUAUAUCUUUACCGAAGAUAUCUCCCGGCUUUUCCGGGUCGCAGAAGCCCUCGAAGUUGGAAUGAUAGGGGCCCGAACUGGCACGAUAAGCGCGAUCGAGCAACCUUUCGGUGGCAUCAAAGAUAGCGGACUCGGAAGAGAAGGGUCGAGGCACGCUCUAGAAGAGUACACAGAUGUCAAAGCAAUCACGCUUGCACUUUGA